UUGGCCUGUUCACUUAAUUGUUCGUAAAUUCUUUCAUUACAAUGCUUCAUUAAAGCAUAGAAAUUAUAGGGGGACCACAGCAAUACAUGAGCUAAAAUGACUAAAAGUGUUGCACGAAAAGCUCUGCUUUUUAAAUGUCUUCUCCACAAAGGUAGGGAAGAGGAACAAGAAGUCCCUUUACAUCCUCCCCCAAUUGUUGAAACUGAAGAAGAACGAAUUGAAGAAGAACGAUUUUUGGAAGAAGGUAAUUCUGAAGAAUUUUGGUGGUUUUGUUGGUGCUUUUUAAGUGCUGAACAUAUCCCUCCUACUCCGUUACUUCCAGAACGUUUUUGGCGGUAACGAGGGUUGUAGUGGCCUAAGGAGGCGGAGAGAGGACGAUAACCUGUAAAUUCUGGAAGGAUUUUGUUUUUGUGUUUUUUGUGUU